GGCGGCGGCGGCGGCGGUCGUGAAGGGCACCGGUGGCGGCGAUGAUGGUAGCGCUGAUCUGAAGAUGGAAAGAGCCAGGCGAAGGGGAGGCGGCGGCGGCGGCGGCGGCGGCCGUGGCCGCGGCGGCAAGAAUGUAGGGGUCUCUGGCCUAAGCAAGAGUAGACUGUACCCCCAGGCCCAGCACUCCCACUACCCCCACUACGCGGCUUCAGCCACCCCUAGUCAGGCUGGGGGCGCCGCCGAAAUCCAGGAGCUGGCCUCCAAACGAGUGGACAUCCAGAAAAAGAGGUUUUACCUAGACGUGAAGCAGAGCUCGCGGGGCCGGUUCCUGAAGAUAGCCGAAGUCUGGAUAGGGAGAGGCCGGCAAGACAAUAUCAGAAAGAGUAAACUGACCCUCUCCCUGUCGGUGGCCGCGGAGCUGAAGGACUGCCUAGGGGACUUCAUCGAGCACUAUGCCCACCUGGGCCUGAAAGGCCACCGACAAGAGCACGGUCACGGCAAAGAGCAGGGCUCCAGGAGGAGACAGAAGCACUCAGCGCCCUCCCCGCCGGUCUCGGUGGGGUCCGAAGAGCACCCCCACAGUGUCCUCAAAACAGACUACAUCGAGAGGGACAACAGGAAAUACUAUCUAGACCUGAAGGAAAACCAGCGGGGGCGCUUCCUAAGGAUUAGACAAACCAUGAUGCGGGGGACUGGCAUGAUAGGUUAUUUUGGCCACACUUUGGGCCAAGAGCAGACUAUUGUCCUCCCAGCUCAAGGAAUGAUCGAGUUCCGCGACGCCUUGGUUCAGCUCAUCGAAGACUAUGGCGAAGGGGACAUCGAAGAACGCAGAGGUGGAGACGACGACCCCGUGGAACUCCCCGAGGGGACUUCUUUCAGAGUGGACAAUAAAAGGUUCUACUUUGAUGUGGGCUCUAAUAAAUAUGGAAUUUUCCUGAAGGUAAGUGAGGUGAGGCCACCUUACCGUAAUACUAUUACCGUUCCGUUCAAAGCUUGGACAAGGUUUGGGGAGAAUUUUAUCAAGUAUGAAGAAGAGAUGAGGAAAAUUUGCAACAGCCAUAAAGAAAAGAGCAUGGAUGGCAGAAGGGCCAGUGGUGAAGAACAAGCAUGCCUCGACUAAGAUGAAAGUGAACUCCAUCAGGCAAAAGUUAAAAUCAUAGAUUGGCUAAAAGAACUGAUCCAUACUCAUUUGAAGAAAUUUCUCCUCUUUGGGGGCCCUUUGUUAUCAGUAAUACCUCUAGUAGUUUAUACUUCAAGGAGUCUGAUUCUCAUGUUAUGUUACCCGUAGAACACUCUAAUUCUUAUGGGAACUCCUGCCUUCCCAAAGCUAAAUAGUUUACCUGCUUCAACUGCUCCAGACUAUUGAAGUAUGCAAAUCAGCACAAAGUAUGACAUUCUGACCUUCUAAGUACCCUAGCUAAGAUUUACAUUGCACUAUGACAUAAGCCUGAAAAAAAUACAUAUAGUUAAUAUGGAAGUGUGAUUUCUAUUUAAUAAGUUCCCCCCCAAAAAGUAUUCCAUGCCUACUUCAUUAAAAGCUGCUAGAAUUACCUGUAGGACAGUUACCACAGAAACAGAAAUUGACUUCUAUUCUAAAUAUAUUUAUUUAUUUAUAAAAGGACAAGGUGAAAUAUAUUCAGUGUCCAUUGGAUAACUGAAUAUUAAACAGUCCCAUUAAAGAAUCAAAUCUUAGUUACUAUAGUAUGCUAUAAUUUCAAAUUUUGUGGUAACCCUACAGUUUAUAGUUGCCGUAUGAGCGCCAUAAGAGUUUUUAUUGGUUAUUCUAAGCUAGUUACAAUCCUAUCUUCACCUCUGAUGAUUGUACCAUAUAUUAUUAGUGGCUUUCCCAAGUUUCAGGAAUUACUUUUUAUGUCACUGUUGCGUGGGAGGCUUCAUCCUAUGGCUUUGCUAUGGAAAUCUUGAUAUUUUAGCUUUUCAUACUAAUUUGAAGGUUGUAAGAGGUUCUUUCCCAAAAUAUAUCAUAGACUCAAGGUGUUAUAUUUUUUGCUGCUGCUUUAACACUAUUUCAGAGGGGUUGGUGCACCAGUUAUCUGAUAUAAAAAUACAUCUAUAAUAAUAUAUUUUAGUAGCACUUUUAGCACCUUAAGACCAUUUCAACACUUCCAGUAUAAACCUGACUUUUACAGGUGUUUUAAUUCCAGGAAAAGUUUUCUCUUUUCUAAAAAGCGUUUAGAAUAAACAUAAAAUUUCAGCCUGAAAAAAUAUUAUUUGAAGAUUGGUUACAAGCAUAUUUGAAAAGAAAAUUCAGGCAUUUUCCAAGGUGCUCUUUAUGAUACUUAAAAAAGUUUACUUUACACAAGACUCACCCAUUUACUUGUAUGAAAAAUUACUUUCCAGGAAGUGCCACUGCAAUUUUCCAACACCUAAGCAGUUUUUUAAACAAGUGGAUAUAAUGUAUACGUGUACCAACCCACCCUGUAUUAACUGACCGAAAUCUUAUCUGUUGAGCUGCAUUUUAUUCUGAAUGAAAUUACUGUCUUUUCUCUCGGCUUUCCUCACCUCCCACACAAUAAGUCCAUAUAAUCAUGUUUAGGAGCCAAACACUGAUUUCAACCCCUAAAUAUAGCUCUCAUUGAUGAGAGCUGACUGCUCGGAUUGAGAUCAGAAUGUAGCUCUUCUUUUAUAUGCUAUAAGUAAUUCACAAUUAUUUUAACAGUUGUUUUCCCUCCAGAGGUUGUCCCCCAAAAGGUCACUAAACGAGAUGAAUUAAGAAAAUGAAUUUCACUAAUUCAUGUUACUUAAAAACAAGCAGUCAGUAACCCAGACGUAUAUGCUGGUGUUGGCUUACGGAUUGUAUUUCCAGUUUCCUCAAACAGUGUGAAGGAAUCUCACUAGUUCAUUAUAAUUGUGGACCAUCUGGAUCACUGUGGAACAGCUGAAGGUUAGAAGAUGAUGUUAGUACUAGAGUUAAUAGCACAUGGUGGGUGUUGAGACUCUAAAAGUAGCAAGGAUCUUUAAACAGCCCUCACUGUAAAGUAACUAUUGUAGACUUGAUAAAAAGUAGCUUUGGGUUCUAGGAAGGAAUGGUGUGCCCUUGCAUUACAAUACUACUGAUUGCUUUGCUGCCCAUCAUAGUGCCUAUGAAUAAUAAUUAACCUGUCAGAUUUUGGCAAACUGGAGCUGUGAAUAUUCCACUAUUUGAGCAUUCCUCUCACUAUUGCUGUGACUGUGUACUCUCUCUUAAAACCUUCUCUUCUAACAUAUUUAUAUCCGUUAAGUCUAAAUGAUUUCCUUUUUGGUUUUUAGUCUGGUAAGAUUUGAGUGUGUGUGUCUAUAUAUAUAUAUAUAUAUAUAUAUGUACAUAUAUGUAUGUAUAUAUGUGUGUUAUAUAUAUAUAUUCACACACACUACUAUGUCAGACGUAAAUAUCCUUAACUCAUUGUAUAUAAAUAUUAUUAAUUUUUCAUUAACAAUUUAAGUUAAAAAUGGAUUAAGCAGCCAAAUUUUCUACAUGGUAUGUAUACUUCAAAGUUUUUACCAUCUCAAAGCUAUGGAUUGCAUAGAUGCAUAUAUACCGGCAGUUGAAUAUACUUUAAAAUCAUUAAGCCUUCUGCCAGUCCUUUAGUUUCUUUUUUUUCCAAAGUUAAUGUUCACUGAAAAAGGAAAUGAUGCUAUGAUUUUUUGAUACUUAAAAUUUCCAAUCAUUCAUUAGCCAUAAUCCAGUAAGAUCCAGUCCAAAACUCUGGUAUUAGGACAUGUAUUGCCAUGUAUCUUAUAAAAUAAGCUACUACUCUUAUCUGUGCAAUAUACAUUUUAUUUAUUGUCAUUUGUAUCACAAAUGGAGCUGCAAGUGUACAUGGUAUUCUUCAAAAUACUAGGAUCCCUGCCUUGAAGAUAUAAAACUCUUAAGGCAACUGGAUGUUAGCAAUCAAAAAGUGAGCAUUUCAGUUAGUAACCAAAAUUACUCUUUCACUAUAUAAUUCUAAAACACUGAUGAUGUUUGCACAUAAUAAUCCAAGCAUAAUGUGGUACAGACUCAAAACUGUAAUCAUAUAAGCUGGUAGUACGAAAUCUGGAAACGGGUUCCUCUUCAUUGUCGGCAGUGUGCUCCUACCAGUUGAAAGCCGCACUAAUCUGUUGCUUAUAUGCAAGAGAUGCAAUGUAUUAUAAAAGUAUUCAACUUCUGCCACACUUUAUAAUUUUCCUUGUUAAAGCCCCAAACUGCCAUGUCCCUUAAACUUGAGUCAAACACAAGCUUAUUUGCACUAAAGAGCAUGGCCAAAAAAUAAAUGACAGGGUGGAAAAGCUAGUUGGAACCUCUUGAAAUAAUGGGUUCUAAUGGGGGAAUUUCACAUUUGUCUAUUUGAAAGCUAUAUGGUCCGGGCAGACAAUCUGUCAGUUCACUAAUUUAAUAAUGCACUUUACCUUUUGUAUAUAAAAGAUGUACAUUUAUGCCACUGGACUGGUGGGACGUGUUUCAAUAGUGUGUAGUUUAGAAUCUGUAGGGUGAGCUCUUGCAUGCACAUGUUUGUGUUGGAACUGCUAUAGUAACAAGUUUCCAUUCAACCAGUGUCAUGGAGAAGGGUAGAAGAUGCCUCUGAAGUAAAUCCCGAGACACCUAACAGAGAAUUUUAGAGUUCAUAUUUGUAUCCUUAAGGACUAGAAUCAAUUAAUUAAACUCUUUCUAGCCCAGACUAGUAUUACAGUUGAGAUUAUAUCUAAUUGAGACUCCCCAUAAUACCCUGAAAAUGAAUUUUGGAAAUUUGUGCAAACAAAAAAAACUUUUAAUGAUUCUGUUUCAUUUCUGAUGCAUGUUUCACUUACUAAUGAAAAGACAGUACCUGGUACUGUAUUAGAAUUCAAAGUAUGAUUGGCUGAUAUGGCAUCAUUAAAAAAACAACCAGACUAAAGACAUAAUGUUCAAAUUAAGGAAAUGCAAAGAAACUAAGAACAAUUGCUAAAAUAAAUAUGACAUUAUUUCAAAAUUUGCAGAACUAACUUUGGCCAACCGAAAAGGGUAUUAGGGGACUUAGUGUAUCCUUCCAUCCUGAAAACUUCCUAAGAUGUACAUUUGAAAAGUAGAUAAUUGUUGCUUAAUAAUAGGUUGUAUGUACUUUACUAAGAAACACUGUGUACUAACAAUUCAUCAAGAGUAUACUAUAUUUACUGCAUUCAUUUUAUAUAUGUGGAUAAGAAUACAUUAUAUAGAGUGAUCCUAUCUUAAUAUACUCAUGUAUUUAUAUUGUAAUUUUGCAAAUAUUUUCAGUAAAAUAAACAUUUAUCUGAGCUGCACAAUCUGAAGAUGAAAUUGGAAUAUACCCUCAGACAUUCAGUUUUAAUAAGCAGCUGCCAUGGAAAGUUGAUAUUUGUACUAUCAUUCCUUUAGAUUUUAUGUUUAUUUUAAUAUUUAAAUAGGACUUGAUUGGAAACUUGAAGUAGUAUACUGAAAAUAAUUUUUUCAUAAGUAUGAGUUUCUUUUUUCCUGCUUAUUUCCAAGUGUCUUUCAUUGGAACUAUUUAUAAAAUCUUAUUCAAGCUUUAUAUAAGAACUUUGCUUAGUCACCACGUAGUUUGAAGUCUGUCUUUUACCAAAACACCAAACAUAUUUGGUAUUGGCAGGAUAAAAAUCUAAAGUAAACCACAAAGAGAAUUUAAAAUUGACUCUGUGCCAACAGAAUAAUACAGGUGUAAUAUUUAUCCCUGCCAAAUACAGAUUCUUAAAAUCCUUCUGGAGUUUCCUUCAAGAUUCCUUGAAUUUCAUAGAGAAAUGAUGGCUCAUGGCUAGCCCAUCAGAGGAAGAGAGGAGAGAUGUUCGCAUGCUGUUAAGACAAUCUGUAGUCCACAAUGCUGUAGAAAUGAGGUACAGGGAAAUGUGUUUUUCCCAAUUUAAUGUCUUGUGAAAAUUGAGUUUUUAGAUCACAGUUACUCUGUCAUACUCAAAUUUAUGUAGAAAAACAGUUUAUGUGUUAGUGUAUUUUCUUGAGUAAUGUCAAAAAUCUUUUCUCCUUAAUUUGACAUGGCUUUUUAAGCAAUUUAAAUUUAUUUAAUCAAUAUUUUUAAAUAGGGAAAACCUGCAUAUAGUACAAAAUUUAGAUGCUCCAGAUUGAUAGACACUGAAAGGUAGCAACUAGUGUUACCAAUUUCUUGUGCAUCCUUCUAGAGUUACUCUGCAUAUACACAUAUGUAUAUAUACACAUAUUCUUUUAAAACAUACAGUUAAAAACAUAUAGACACUCUCUUGUACCCAGUAGUAUCAAUAUUAGGUCUAUCAUUAUAAGUGUAUUUUUCCCCUUCUCCUUUAGAUGCCAUGUUUGAUCUAGUUACCAUAGCAUUUAAUUUGAGCUAUUUAUGACACCAAGGGAACCCCAAGGAAAUUUCAGAUGACUCCCAUUGGAAUUUACUCAAAGUGCAAAUAUAUGUACAUAUCAAUUUUUAAAUGUAUAAAUAUUCAGUUAUCCUUCCUUAUUCCAAACUACUUUGUGCUCAUAUCUCUCCCGCUUCUGCCCCUCAAAAAUGUGGUGUUCUUUUUCUUGAUGUAAUACAGUUCAGGAUAUGAAAUUGUUUACCCAAAGAUUAUUUUAAAUUAACUGUGUCCUCAUGAAAAAUACCCAUAUUUAAAAGCUUUAAUAAAUUAUCACUUUUAAUCAGUUUUUACUAAUUCUGUUACUAUUAUUUUUAUCCAAAGACCUUAUCAUUAUUAGAGAAAAUCAAUACUAGAACCAUCACAAAAGGUUAUGACCCUGUUGAAGAUUGUUGAUUUAAUAACAUAAGCGUUUAUAUAUAUGAUAAGAAAAGUAUAGUUAUUAAUUAAUCAUUCAGUUAGCACUUAGUCAAAUCCAAGACUAAACAAAAAAAACAGAAAAUGCUAGUUCUGAUUAUUUAAAGCAUUGGGUCCCUUUGAGGGACCCAGAGUCUACCAGAGUUCCUUGAGACCAAAAGGUACUAUGAUGAUUUGGGAAAAGACUAAAUACCUUAGGGCUGUGUGGUUAAAAAUACAAUUAAACCAUUUCUGUUCUCUGCCAGAAGAAUAUAAAAUAGCACAUAUAAUUGUUUUAAAAUGUAGUAGCAUAAUUACUAUUCCUGAAAAUAUAAACAAAGUUGCUUUAAUAGUUCCCCAACCC